AUGGCGCCCGCGGCUGACUCCGCUCCGCCAAGGAGCACUCCCGCGCAGCCGUCUGAUGCGCAAGCCUCCGCCGCUGCGGCGGAGCCCCCGCCCGCGGAUUCCCCGCCUCCACGGAUUCAAACCCUAGAGGACUUUGUAAAAGUUCACGAAAUGUUGUUACUCGCGACAGGGUUACCUCGCGAGCUCUACCCGCGACUGUUCGAGAAGAUCAUGGCGGAAAGAUUCGAUGCGGGCAGCAGAUUCGCGAUCGAGGAGGUGGAGGGCGGGCGGCAGAGGCGCGUCGUGCUGACACCUGGCGGGCAGGGAUUGGACGCGCAGGGUGACCUUCUUCCCCCCAUCCCUUCCCCCACUUCUCCUCCCCUCCUCUCGCAGCUGGAGAGCCUUGAUCCACCCGCCCCUUCCCCCUGGGACCCCGCAUCACACAAUCCCCCACACUCCCCCUUCUCCCCCAUCCCUUCCCCUCAUUCUUCCCCCUCCUGCCGCAGCUGGAGAGCCUCCCCAAGCUGGCGGCGCGGAUGGCGGCUCUCAUGCGCCGCUGCUCCUUUUCUUCUCCCUCUGACCCACUCCCCCCAUCCCUUCCUCCACUUCUCUCCCCCCACUCUUCUCGCAGCUGGAGAACCUCCCCAAGCUGGCGGCGCGGAUGGCGGCUCUCAUAACCUGGUGGGUCUGAGCCUCUGGGGUAACCGCCUCACGGACGCUGCUCGAGUGGCCUCCCUGCUCUCUCCUCUCACCUCCCUGCAUGCGCUCUGGCUCAACGACAACCCGUGUGCUGCCACCGAGUCCGCCGCUGCUGAUCUGAGAAACGCCCUCCUUGAGUCUCUCCCCAAUCUCGAGCUGUUCAACCGCCACUUCACCCGCCGCUAUUCCACCUGGGCGCUGCUCUUCGCUGCUGACGUGGUGGGCCCUAACCGUGCCACGUUGGACGAUGACGUGGCGGCUGCUGAGCUGGCGCGGUUGACUGAAGUUGACUUGUCUGACCGGGGGAUCGUGGAGCUAAAGCAAGAGGUCUUCUCCCCAUCGUUCCUCCCUGCCCUCGCCCAUAUCAACCUCUCUCACAACCCGCUCCCACUCUCCCCACUCGCCCCCAUCGACGCCUCUCGAGCCUCUGUGCUGCUGCCCCUCGCCUUGCUUCCCUCGCUGCGCUCUCUGCAACUUAUUGCUGCUGCCCCUCACCUCUCCACGAGCCCCUUCCACUUUCCCCUUGCAUCAUCCUCUCCUCCCCGCUCUCUCUCCUCGCAGCAUCCUCUCCUCCCCGCUCUCUCUCCUCGCAGCAUCCUCUCCUCCCCGCUGUCUCUCCUCCCUCAACGUCACCUCCUCUUGCCGCGUGGCUUCCCUUCCUUCUGCGCGCUUCCCCAUUGGAUCUGGAAGGAGUUCUUCCCUUUGUUUUUCUUCCUCAUCGUUUUCCGCUUUGACCCUGAUCAAGCAGCUCUAACUUUCGCCCCGCCCACCUCGCUUUCCAUUUCCACCACCCCUUCCCCCACCACUCCUCGUUUGCCCUGUCAUUCCCAGGUGGACCUGGAAGGCCCCUUCCCCUUCGACCCAUAUGAUGCAGCUUCAACUCUCCCCCGCCUCUCCUCCCUCAAUGGCGCUCCGCUUCCCUCCUUUAUGCGCGGAGGUUCCUGGAUGUUUCCUCGCCUGCCAGCCUGGCAGCCUGGCACGCCAUUGGUGGAUCGAGUGCUGCUUGCCAUGUGGCGCCACGUGUGCAGCUACAAGCUCGCUACUGAAACACAGCUGGACGAGAGUGCUGUGUGGUAUGUGAUGGACGAGUUCGGCAGUGCCUUCCGCCACAGCGACCGACCCAACUUCCGCUGUGCGCCCUUCCUCUUCCUGCCUGAUGGCUCCUUCGCCUCUGCUGUCAGGUAUGGGGCGGGUAUAGUUAAAGGUGAGAGUGCGGUGUGCUCUCAGGUGAGCGUGGGGCUGUGCUGUCAGGUGAGCGUGGGGCUGUGCUGUCAGGUGAGCGUGGGGCUGUGCUGUCAGGUGAGCGUGGGGCUGUGCUGUCAGGUGAGCGUGGGGCUGUGCUGUCAGAGCCUCAGAUCUCCCCCCACCCACUCCCUCCUCCCUUCCUCAUGCACUGCUGCCCCUCCCAGCUACUCACUCGUGUGGCCGCGGGCAGCAGUGCAGCAGGGAGAGGAAUGUACGAGGGACUAUCUCGCCGGGGUGGGGGAGGAUUGCCUUCCUCUCAUCGCCUCUCGUCUCACGCAUUGCCCCUCCCUGCCCUCCCAUACCUGCGCAGCUGCGCUCUCCUCUCUGCUCACAUGGCUCCUCUCUGUUCUCCUCCCUUCCUCCAGCUACUCGCUGGUGUGGCCGCUGGCAGCAGUGCAGGCGGGGGAGGAGUGCACAAGGGACUAUCUCGCCGGGGUGGGGGAGGAGCAGCAGCGCUCCGCCAAGCUUUCUGCCUAUGAGCAGCGCCUGUGCAGGUUCGCAGCAGCGUCUGCAAAGAACGCAGAGGCAACCGCUCUUCUUGCUUGUGCCGAACCCGACAAUAAAGAGGACAACGCAGGAGGAGGAGAGGCUGGUGGAGCAACAGGCAAACCAGAGAAAGCAGACGAGCCGGAGAAGCCGGAAGCAGGGAAGCGGGUUUAUCGAGUGUUCAGCGAUCUUCCACACGUCCUCGACACACUCUCCCGCCCCGAAUGCACUUUUGUUGACGCACCCAGCGAGGCGGACAUCAUCUGGACAAGCAUGCAGGUGGACGAUGCGUUCAGAGAUGCGGCUGGGCUGAAGGAGAGGCGGGAGAAGGGCGGGCAGGAGCCGUUGGUGAACCAGUUCCCGUUUGAGGCAUGCAUUGUGAUGAAACAUCAUCUGGCGAAGACCAUCCAGCAGGUGCGUGGUGGAGAGGCAAGGGAGGGCGGGGAGGGUGGAGAAGGUGGAGAGGGCGGGGAGGGCCAAGGGAGCGCCAAGGGAGAAGUGAGGGCCAAGAGGGAGCAAAAGCCGUUUGAGGCAUGCAUUGUGAUGAAACGCCACCUGCCGCGGAUGACUCAGCAGGUGGGAUGGGAGACAUAUGGCAACACGUGCUACUGGCUUCAAUACACGUAUCGCAUGCACUCACAGUUGGCGGCACUGAGAGGAUGCUGCAUGGCUGUCUGCUCUCCGUCUCAUGCUGGCUCUUGCUCUGCUGGCUCUUGCUCUGCUGGCUCUUGCUCUGCUGGCUCUUGCUCUGCUGGCUCUUGCUCUGCUGCUGCUCUGUUGGUCCUCUGUUGUUGCUCUUCCAUGCAGGCGUACGGCAACACGCGCCCCUGGCUGCAAGACACGUACGACAUGCAGUCGGAGCUGGCAGCGCUCAUAGGGUGCUUCCAGCAGAGGGAGGCGGCGGAAGUUGCUGGUGCAGGGAGGCGACUGAUUGCCAGCUAUGAGGGCCGUGGGGCGCCUGAGAAGAAUGAGGACCCCGAUCUGGACAACACGUGGAUCUUAAAGCCCUGGAAUCUCGCGCGCAGCAUGGAUGCAACGGUGGCGCGCCAGCUGGCGCAGAUCGUACGGCUGGCAGAGACCGGCCCCAAGGUGGCCCAGAAGUACAUCUCCCGCCCCGCGCUCUUCCACGGGCGCAAGUUCGACCUGCGCUUCCUGCUGCUGCUCAAGAGACUCAAGCCGGUGGAGGCGUAUCUCUCCGACGUGUUCUGGGCUCGCAUCGCCAACAACAAGUAUUCUCAAGCAGAGGACUCCCUGUCGGACUUCCAGACACACUUCACUGUCAUGAACUACAGUGGUCACAAGUAUGAGCACGUUCCAACACACGAGUUUGUGCAGGCAUUUGAGCACGAGCACAGCGUGACGUGGCAAUCUAUCGACCAAUCAGUGCAGAGGAUGCUGCGGGAGCUCCUGGCUGCUGCUGUCACCGUCCAUCCCGAGAUGCAACCAGAUGACGACACCUGUCGAGCAAUCUACGGUGUGGAUGUGAUGCUGGAUGAUCACUUCCAACCCAAGCUUCUAGAG